CAGGGCUGCCAACACUUAUGUCUGCAUCUGUACAAUGGAAAGAAAAGUAAAACCUAAACCCACUAUAAAGCCAAUGGCCGAUGAGCAAUACACCCAGACCAGAUCACCAUGGCUUCUCUUUCAUCUCCAUUAGUCACCACGACAACCAUCUCCUCUUCAAAUUCUCUCUCUUCCUUCUCUCAAAAUAGUUCCCAGGUAUCCUUAACCCAAAGCCCUAGGCAUUCCUUAAUACGCAGCAGGAUCAUAUGCAAAUCCAAGAGCAGCGAUCAAAACUCUAGGGAUGAACGAAAACCAUCUCAAACAAACCUAGACCGGAGAAAUGUGCUUAUUGGGCUCGGAGGCCUAUACGGUGUUGGUCUUGGUGGCACUGAUCCUUUCGCAUUUGCAAAGCCGGUGGCGCCACCAGACCUAUCCAAGUGCGGAGCAGCAGACUUACCACCCGGUGCUCAACCAACAAAUUGCUGCCCACCAAUAUCUGACAAGAUAAUAGACUUCACUUUCCCUUCCUCCUCUCCACUCCGCGUCCGGCCGGCAGCUCACGCCGUUGAUCAGGCCUACAUCGACAAAUACUCCAAAGCCAUUGAGCUCAUGAAAGCCCUCCCUGACUCCGAUCCACGAAGCUUUUCGCAACAAGCCGAUAUUCAUUGUGCUUAUUGUGACGGCGCUUAUGAUCAAGUUGGGUUUCCUGAUCUCGAGCUCCAAAUCCACCAGUCAUGGCUCUUCUUCCCCUUCCACAGAUACUACUUGUACUUUUAUGAGAGAAUCCUUGGAAAACUCAUCGGUGACCCCACUUUCGCCUUGCCAUUUUGGAACUGGGACUCCCCUCCUGGAAUGAAGCUCCCUGCUCUUUUCGCUGACCCGAGCUCGCCGCUCUACGACGAGCUCCGCAACGCCAACCACCAGCCUCCGACGCUCCUUGACCUAGACUGGAACCUCACCGACGUGCCGACUACGGAGACUGACCAAAUAUCAAGCAAUUUGAAGAUCAUGUACAGGCAGAUGGUGUCCAACGCCAAGAAGCAGCAGCUCUUCUUUGGAACAGCUUAUAGGGCUGGCACCGAUCCUAGUCCAGGAUCGGGUUCAAUCGAGUCUACUCCUCACGGUCCGGUCCACGUCUGGACCGGUGAUAACACCCAGCCUAACUACGAGGACAUGGGGAACUUCUACUCUGCUGCUAGAGAUCCUAUAUUCUUCUCACAUCAUUCUAACGUUGAUAGGAUGUGGAGUUUAUGGAAAACUUUGAGUAAGACUAAUAAGGAUAUUACCGAUCCAGAUUGGUUGGACACAGGGUUUCUAUUCUACGAUGAAAAUGCUCAGCUAGUGCGCGUGAAGGUACGCGACUGCCUAGACACAAAGAAGCUCGGGUAUAUGUACCAAGACGUAGACAUUCCAUGGUUGACGUCCAGGCCAACACCACGUAGGUCGAAGCUUGCGAAAGUAGCCAAGGCGAUUGGGGUGGCGCGUGCAGCAACAUCCGGACCAAAGGUGGUGGGGAGAGGUGACUUUCCGAUAAAGUUGGACUCGAAAAUUAGUACGGUGGUAAAGAGGCCAAAUCAGAAGAAGAGGAGCAAGAAGGAGAAGGAGGACGAGGAGGAGAUACUUGUGAUCGGAGGGAUCGAAUUCGAGAAAGACACGGCAGUGAAGUUUGAUGUUUACGUGAAUGACUUAGAAGACGAUGAUGAGCCUGGAAAACCCGACGACAGUGAGUUUGCGGGGAGCUUUGUGAACGUGCCCCACAAGCAUAAAGAUAAGAAGAAGAAGAAGACCAAGAGUUGCUUGAGGUUGGGGUUAUCGGAUCUAUUGGAGGAUUUGGGGGCUGAAGAUGAUGAAAGUGUGGUGGUGACUUUGGUGCCGAGGUAUGGAACUAAGUCUCUUAAAAUUGGUAGUGUGAAAAUUGAGUUUCUUGCUGAUUGAGCGGAAGCUAAUUAAUUGAUUUUGCUAUAUGUAAACAAUGUAUGUAUGUCGUUCAUCUUUCAAAUGGAUGAGUUUGGACCUACCAUUUGAAAUAUAAUCCGCAACGUUACUUAUCAUCAAUAUACACAGAUACAUGCAAUUUUUUUCUUUU